CAGAGAGCCCCCCCCCCCGUUCGCGCCGAAAAGAUACCCAGAUAAUAGCAUCGUCCCGUCAAGAGGGGAAAACGGACAGGAAACACAACAGAAAAAUUUAAAAAGAAAAAGAGAAAAAAAACCAAAUACAAGUAAAACAUGGCGCUCAUCCCUUCCCAAGUUCUGAGGGUGGCCAUCCUCCUCUCUUAUUUAUCCGUCCUCUGCAAUUAUAAAGCCAUUGACAUGCCCGCGCAUCAAACUUACGGCGGUAGCUGGAAGUUUUUAACGUUCAUAAACCUGGUGAUCCAGGCCGUGUUCUUUGGUGUGUGUGUGCUCACCGACCUGUCGAGCCUGCUGACCAAGGGUGGAGAGAGCCAGGAGCAGGAACGACAGCUGAGGAAGCUCAUUAGCCUCAGGGACUGGAUGAUGGCCGUCUUGGCCUUCCCCGUGGGCGUGUUUGUGGUGACCAUGUUCUGGAGUCUGUACCUCUACGACAGAGACCUGGUGUACCCCCGUCUGCUGGACAGCUUCAUACCACAGUGGCUCAACCACGGCAUGCAUACUACAGUACUUCCUUUCAUCCUAAUUGAGAUGAGAACAACACACCACCAGUAUCCCAGCAGGAUUUGUGGACUGGUGGCAGUGUGCAGCUUUGCCGUGGGAUAUGUACUAUGGAUGUGCUGGGUGCACCACGUCACCGGUGUUUGGGUCUACCCACUGCUGGAGCACAUCGGCUCCAUCGCCAAGGUCGUCUUCUUCUCCUCCCUGACAGUCCUGAUUAGCAUCUUCUACGUCCUCGGGGAGAUCCUCAACAGCUACAUCUGGGACUCCUCGAGAUGUGGGGUGGAGGGCAACAAACCCAAAGCCGAGUGAUCCCAGCAAGGAGGAGUUGACCAAAAGGGUGACCAUUCUGCCCUGCUACCCGUCCAAAGUGAUCUCUCUCGAGGCCUUCGGAAGACAGACUUGGCCCAGAAAAGAAGACAACAAAUCCUAUACUCAAAACUCUACUGGGAAGUGUGAUCUUUUUUUUUUUUUUCACAGGAGAACUUCAGACAGAGCUGACUGUCCAGUCGAACCCUCUCUCUUCUCUCUGAGUUUGCAGGGUUGAGAUGGAGCAAGAGAAACGUCUUUCCUGAGGGAGGGUUCUGCUGACUCAGGCUUUGUUCUGUGACCAUAAUAUUCACACAGUUCAAGAGUCCAGAUAAAUUGUAAACUUCUCUUUCUCCUCAUGGUCUGACAUCCCCUCUCUACGGGUAUAAUAUUUAAGAUGCAUAGGAUCUCUGGCAGGAAUAGCUAAGACUUUCAUUGGAACUUAGACCCAAUUCUCUUUCAUAGAAAAGUGUACCAGAGCUGCGCUCGUCUCCAUGGCAAUGUCAAUCAUAGCUCUUUCAUGGCUACAUACAGCUUUACACUGGAAUGUACUGCUGCUCAACGACAGCCAGACUGCGAAAGUGUGAAUAGAUCUCUUUCAACAUCCUUUCUCCUCCCCUCUUUUGUGUUUUAUAUGAAGGAUGUAGAAUUUGUGUUUGUUUCGCUGUUCGUCGUCUUUCUGUAUGGUCUUCCAAUAAAGGAUGAGUUCCGGAUGGGAGCCGAAACCUGCGAACGGAGACAGAAAGAAGAGCC